AUGACCGCAGUAACCACCUUCCCCAACGGCACCUCGCUGCUCACUCUCUCCCGCGCCCUCACCUACUCCCACUUCGGCGACCCCCUGGGCGUGCCCGACGGGUUCGGGGGCUACAUAAACGAGCGCGCGGAGGUGGCAUUACUAUCACGCACUGUUACAAUCACAUCUAUUCCAGAAAGCAGCCCUUAUGAUCGCGAGGGCGGCCAUGUGUCGGUGUAUUUCACCCAGAGGGCGCAGGCGGUGGAGGGGGUGGAGUUUAGUGGAUUGGGGCAGGAGGGGCUGGAGGGGCGGUUUCCUCUGCAUUAUAUGUUCCAUGGGAAUCAGGGGCAGACAGCGGUCACGCCCCCGCUCCCUGCCCGUCCCUCCCACUCCUUUUUCCCCCAAACUUCUUCGUCUCUCCCAUCCCAUCUGCCCACCCACCGCUCUCUGGUUCCCACACACGGAUCGAGUUCACGCUGCCUGGUGCUGACAGCAGCGAGCGGCAUGACAGUAGAGAGCAACGUGGCGUACGACACGCGCGGGCACUGCUUCAUGCUCUCCCGCCAACAACCUCCCCCCCCUCCGCCCCCCUGCACUCCGCCCCCCUGCACUCCCUCCAUCUCCCCCGCCCCCCCCAUCCCCACUCCUGCAGCGCUGCCUGGUGCUGACAGCAGCGAGCGGCAUGGCAGUAGAGAGCAACGUGGCGUACGACACGCGCGGGCACUGCUUCAUGCUGUCCUCGGCCGGCAGGGAUGUGUCGGGCAUGCGGGACACGAGCAACCCCGCCUGCAUCUCAUCAUUCAAUCAUCCCCAACCCUGCUUCAUCCCCAACCCUGCAUCAUCCCCAACCCGGCUUCAUCCCCAACCCUGCUUCAUCCCCAACCCUGCUUCAUCCCCAACCCUGCUUCAUCCCCAACCCUGCUUCAUCCCCAACCCUGCUUCAUCCCCAACCCUGCUUCAUCCCCAACCCUGCUUCAUCCCCAACCCUGCUUCAUCCACAACCCCUUCUUGAUCUCCCCCACACCUUCAGCCGGCAGGGACGUGUCGGGCAUGCGGGACACGAGCAACCCCGACCCCUCCCUUGCAUCACCCCCCACUCACACACCACUCAACUCAACCAUCCUCACCCAUCCUUCAUCUACCCCCCACACCAGCCGGCAGGGAUGUGUCGGGCAUGCGGGACACGAGCAACCCCGCUCCCUCCCUUGCAUCACCCCCCACUCACACACCACUCAACUCAACCAUCCUCACCCAUCCUUCAUCUCCCCCACACCUUCAGCCGGCAGGGACGUGUCGGGCAUGCGGGACACGAGCAACCCCGCUCCCUCCCUUGCAUCACCCCCCACUCACACACCACUCAACUCAACCAUCCUCACCCAUCCUUCAUCUACCCCCCACACCAGCCGGCAGGGAUCCAGCAGGGAUGUGUCGGGCAUGCGGGACACGAGCAACCCCGCCACGUUUCUGCUCGCCAACCCGGACAACGACUUUAUCAACAACACCGCUGCCGGCUCCCUCGCUGCUGGCACGCUGAUGGACACGUUUGAUGCGUUCACGAUGCAGGACUCGGUCUUUGCAGACAACCAGUGGUUGCUGUACCUCGCAGAGACGCAGCACGCCAUCGUGGACGGGUGCCGCUUUGUGGGGCUCUCCAACAACUACGGCACGCCGCAGGGGUGCACCAACGCACAGCCCUGGGACUGCGCGCCCAUCACCGGCUGCAAGGCAAGCAGGUCAAGGGGGCAGCCAUUUCUUCGUCCCUUUCGCUGGGAUCACAUCCCAAUCCCAAAUCCCUUUGAGGCACAGCCAUUUCUUGCUUGCCCUUCCCUCCUGUUCCACCUACCCCUCACUCUCCCCUCCCGCCUCCACCCACCUCCUUACCACCCUCACCCCACCAUGCUACCGCUGACGAGCGACCAGCAGACAGGUCGACAGGUGGCAACCGCUUCCCCUUCCCUAUCUUCGCUACCGUUGACGAGCGACCAGCUCGGCAGGUCCACCGGUGGCAACCGCUUUCCGUUCCCACUGUUUGGGAUCGUGUACGACCAGCGCAACUUCACAGAGCUUGGGGACACUGCUGCUCUCGUCGCCAACACCACCUUCUUCAACUACGAUGCCACGUGUCGCCCCGCUGCUGGCUUCUUCAACUACGAUGCCACGUGCCGCCCCGCUGCAGGGUUCGCACUGGGCCUCUCGCCCACCUACAAGGACUACUGGAACGCCGGCCAGGCUGUCAGGAACGUGAGCUUCAAGGCUACCAACCGCAUGUGGAUACCUGGAGACACCUUCCCCUUCCUUGUCACCUUUCCCAGAGCAGCAACCUCUAGCCCAACAGACUCUACCACCACUGUUUAUUGCCAGCCGUCCGUACCUCCUCAUCUCCCCUCUCGCCCCACACCCUCCCCCUCCCUCUCCCCACUCCCGCCCCUCUCCUCUCCCCUCACUCCCUCCCCAGGGCGGGGCGGGUCCACCGUAGCAACGGGAGUAGUCUCCCCGUUCCUCAUGAUGCGCGACAUAGACGGCUCGCUCACCGGCACAGCCCCCGGCUCCGUCAAAGAGGGCGGCUUCGCCAUUGCCAAUGUGUCCUACCUCUUACCGCCCGCCAAGAUCAAGGGAGCGCCCGUGUGCAUGCCCAUGAAGGCGUGGAACGGGUAUUCGUGCCCCAAGGCGUGCUACCGCAGCGUGGCGAUUUCGUACUUUGAGCCGGGGUUCUCGCCCAUCGAUGACUCGCCUGACGCCAGGAAGAGGGGCUCUUUCAGCUACCUGGAGAUCGUGCGGGUGGAGGACAAGGCAUCGUUCGCCCUGGACGGCAAUCUGAACGUGCGCUACAUGAACGUGCACGACACCACGCUCCGAUACUUCUACCCCAACCUCCUCGCAGGCAUGACGUACGAGAUCACGAUCCGGUCCCUCAUGGGCUCCACGUGGGUGCCGUCCUACAUCACCACACCAUCCCAGGACACGGCUUCUGAGGCUCCACGUGGGUGCCGUCCUACAUCACCGCAGCGAAUGACGUACGAGAUCACCAUCCGCUCCCCCUCGGGCUCCACCUGGGUGCCGUCCUACAUCUCUGCAGCCUUCCAGGACGGGGGCAGCUGCGCCCAGGGACUCACCCUGCGCGUGCUGCCGCUGGGCCAUGCGGGCACGGGGGUGGCGCGACAGCUGCUCGUGGGCAAGGAGUCCAGCUCUGUGGGCGCGCUGCCCAUACCAGGCAACCCUAUCCCGGGCAACAGAGCGCUCUAUAGCUUUGCCUGUGCAACCACUGCACCGGUGCCUGCGCUCACCCUCACCAUGGGUGGAAACUUUUCCGAUAUCGCCUACCUGAUCCCCAUCGGUGACACGGCUGCUGCUUCCUCGUGCACGUCCACGUUCAUGACAUCUCAGCAGCGCAGCAUCCUGUUCGCGGGCAGUGAGUGGCUGUUUGACGACUCAGGGCUGGACUACUUCCCGCCCUACUCCGGUGCACGCACCUUCUUCUCACCCACGCCGCUGCUCACCCCGCCCACCACCGGCCCCAAGAAGGUCCCUUCCGUGCCUCGCUCCAUCGACCCCCCCGGCACGUGGCGCAGCGGCAAGGGCCCUCUGGGCUGCUUGUUCAAAUCAACAGCCGUCCCUCCCACUCCCUCCCACUCCCUCCCACUCCCUCCCACUCCUUCCCAAUCUCUUCCUCUCCCUCCCACUCCUUCCCACUCUCUUCCUCUCCCUCCCACUCCCUCCCACUCUCUUAAUCUCCCUCCCAUGCCCGCCCCUUCCCUUCCUCGCCCACCCCCAGGGGACAAUCCGUCCAUAGCAACAGUGCUCGCCCCGGUCUCACCCUCUCGCGUGGUCUACUAUUUCCGCACCAACUUCACCGUCACCAGCACCAAGUGCUACACCGCUCUCCGCCUCGACCUGCUUGUCAGCGAUGGGGCAGUUGUGUACAUCAACGGCGUUGAGGCUUUCCGCACCAACCUGCCUGAUGGGGCGCUCACUAACACCUCCCUUGUGCGUGUUCCCUUUGCUCUAUGGCCCUAA